AUUUCGUUGAGUCAGACAUCAUUGGUUUAUGAGUGUGUCUGAGAGUUUUAUUUGAUUUGAUACUUCAUAGUCUUACAGAUUAUCUAAAUCGGUGUCCCUACAAGGUGGAAUGAAUUGGAAAAGGAAAGCCCCACUGGUCAAAUAUAUAGGCCAGAUGUGUUUAUGAAAACACAUAGAGCCACCCCAGAUGAUGAUCCCUUGUCUUCUAAAUCACAGGCAGCUGCAAAACUUGCACUAGUGAAGGAGGCAUAUGAUAAAAAUCCUUCAGCACAAAAGUGUUUGGGCACUGACGUUGUCACCGAGAUAUAUGUCGCUGAUAAAAAGGGAUACUUACGCGGAAUGGGUGCUGGUAUUUCUAAAUCUCAGUUUCUUGCUGCUGAGUUUAUGAAGGCCAAGUUGCAGGAAGUGAGGAACAAGUUGCGGAAAGAGAUGCAGAAAAACGAAGCUUUGAAAGCGCAGUUGGAUGCUGAAAGACAUAAAAACAGCACUGCAGUGCAUGGUCAGAUCUAUGAUAGCUCUUAUCAACAGGGUAUUGGGAUCCCUUCGUCCUUUCCUUCGUCGUUUGGUCUUUGUUGUUUGAGGAACUUCAGAAAAAAGGUUGUUGCACUUGCAUAUGUUGAUACUAAGCUACUGAUUGAUGACUACUACGACUGCAUGAUUGAGGAAAUUAUUAAUCCAACUGCGAUAUUGUGCGAUAGAGAUGAUGAUGUUGUACUUGGGAAUGUUAAAAUAAGCGAGUUUCUUAAGUGGCCCAAGGCCUAUGUGACUAUUGUAGGAGAGCCAUCAAGUUAGAAUGGUGGUGAGAAUAGAUUGAUUAG